AGUUACUCACAGGGAACAUGGUGAGUGGAUAAAUGGGCUCUUUCUUAUUCUUUGGAAGGGAGGCCUGACAUCAUGGGAAUCUAUGCUCACUGAUUCACAUCUCUCACUAAUCAUGUUUCUGUUUCAGAUGUUCCGUCACACCGACAGCCUGUUCCCCAUAUUGCUGAAGACCCUUUCCGAUGAGUCUGAUGAGGUAAGCUUUCCAUUCUUACAAAAACACAAAUAAUUAACGGUCUUCUCUUGAGUGGAGUACUAUUCUUGGCCUACUUGGUUGUCAUAUUGGAGUGUUUUUUGUCUUGUUUUUUUUUAUAUAAAAUUGGAUGGUAAAAACGCCAUAACAACUUGUCCUUGGAGUGUUACUUUAAUUAGGUUCACUUUGAACCAGGGCUCUAUCAUCACUAGCUUCAGAAAUAAGUGACAUUUGUAUUUUCUUAUGACAAAUUCAAGAUGUGCAUGACAGGAAUAUUGUAACAUCUACUCCGACACAUUGCAGGGAGGGCAGGGGAACUGCUUGGAAGAGGGUUUUUCUGCUCUUGCUUGUCACUAACUUUGCAUUUAGACCUUUUGCUGUUUAUGGAGAGUUUAAAACUAGAGUUGAGCAAACCCAAACUGUAAAGUUCAGGUUCGUACUGAACAUUACGAUUUUUUGACCCCGAGCCCGGACAUUUCAGUAACAGUUAGAGUUCGGUGUUCAGCGAUUUAAUGGCUCGUUUUGAAAAGCUGCAGGGCAGCCAAUCAACAAGCGUUUGACUUGUGUGCCCUUAGAAGCCAUCAUGGCUGUGAUUGGCCAGUGCAGCAUGUGACCCAGGCUCUAUAUAAGCUAGUAGGGGCAUGUCUAUUAAACAGCCUGUGGCUGCUCACUGUUAAAAAAACAUUUUUUUUUUUAAACGGGGCCCCCCUCCCGAGCCCCCACUUGUGACGUGCGAUUGGGGGCUUUUAAUCUAAAGGGGGGACCUAUUCCCCCACCCCUGAGCGGCGGAUGGGGGCCCUAACGUAAAAAGGGGGGGAGGACCUGUUGUACUCCCACCCCCGAUCGGCAGGUGAAGGCCCUAAAGUAAAAUAAUGGGGGAGACCUAUUGUCCUCCCACCCCCGAGCAUUGGGUGGAGGCCCUAAAUAAGAAUAAGGGGGGGGACCGGGACAUUAGGUCCCCCCCUCCCCAAUUUUUAUUUAGGGCCCCCACCCACCGCUGUAACAUUGCUCAGUGUGGGAAUCGGCUGUAACAUUGCUCAGUGUGGGAAUCGGGUUCUCUCUCUGUGUAACACACAGUGUGGGAAUCGGGUUCUCUCUCUCUGUGUAGCAUUGCUCAGUGUGGGAAUCGGGUUCUCUCUCUGUGUAACACACAGUGUGGGAAUCGGGUUCUCUCUCUCUGUGUAACAUUGCUCAGUGUGGGAAUCGGGUUCUCUCUCUGUGUAACAUUGCUCAGUGUGGGAAUCGGGUUCUCUCUCUCUCUCUGUGUAACAUUGCUCAGUGUGGGAAUCGGGUUCUCUCUCUCUCUCUCUCUGUGUAACAUUGCUCAGUGUGGGAAUCGGGUUCUCUCUCUGUGUAACACACAGUGUGGGAAUCGGGUAACAUUGCUCAGUGUGGGAAUCGGGUUCUCUCUCUGUGUAACACACAGUGUGGGAAUCGGGUUCUCUCUCUCUGUGUAACAUUGCUCAGUGUGGGAAUCGGGUUCUCUCUCUGUGUAACUCAGUUGCGGUCAACAUUGCUCAGUGUGGAAUCGGUUCUCUCUCUCUUAAAAUAUUGCUCAGUGGGAAUCGGUUCUCUUCUCUCUGUGUACAUUGCUCACUGUGGAAUCGGUUCUCUCUCUUUCUGUGUGUAAUAUUGCUCAGUGUGUGGAAUCGGUUCUUCUCUCUCUGUAACAUUGCUCAGUGUAGGAAUCGGUUCUCUGUAACAUUGUUUCAGUGUGGAAUCGGUUCUCUCUCUGUGUACAUUGCUCAGUGUAAACUGGUUCUUCCUCUCGCAACAUUGCUCAGUGUGGGAAUCGGGUUCUCUCUCUCUGUGUGUAACAUUGCUCAGUGUGGGAAUCGGGUUCUCUCUCUGUGUAACAUUGCUCAGUGUGGGAAUCGGGUUCUCUCUCUUUCUGUUUAACAUUGCUCAGUAUGGGAAUCGGGUUCUCUCUCUGUGUAACAUUGCUCAGUGUGGGAAUCGGGUUCUCUCUCUUUCUGUUUAACAUUGCUCAGUGUGGGAAUCGGGUUCUCUCUCUGUGUAACAUUGCUCAGUGUGGGAAUCGGGUUCUCUCUCUCUGUGUAACAUUGCUCAGUGUGGGAAUCGGGUUCUCUCUCUUUCUGUUUAACAUUGCUCAGUGUGGGAAUCGGGUUCUCUCUCUGUGUAACAUUGCUCAGUGUGGGAAUCGGGUUCUCUCUUUCUGUUUAACAUUGCUCAGUAUGAGAAUCGGGUUCUCUCUCUCUCUGUAACAUUGCUCAGUGGGGGAAUCGGGUUCUCUCUCUCUCUGUGUGUAACAUUGCUCAGUGUAGGAAUCGGGUUCUCUCUCUCUGUAACAUUGCUCAGUGUGGGAAUCGGGUUCUCUCUCUGUGUAACAUUGCUCAGUGUGGGAAUCGGGUUCUCUCUCUCUGUGUAACAUUGCUCAGUGUGGGAAUCGGGUUCUCUUUCUCUCUCUGUGUAACAUUGCUCAGUGUGGGAAUCGGGUUCUCUCUCUCUCUCUCUGUGUAACAUUGCUCAGUGUGGGAAUCGGGUUCUCUCUCUCUCUGUGUAACAUUGCUCAGUGUGGGAAUCGGGUUCUCUCUCUCUCUGUGUAACAUUGCUCAGUGUGGGAAUCGGGUUCUCUCUCUCUCUGUGUAACAUUGCUCAGUAUGGGAAUCGGGUUCUCUCUCUCUCUGUGUAACAUUGCUCAGUGUGGGAAUCGGGUUCUCUCUCUGUGUAACAUUGCUCAGUGUGGGAAUCGGGUUCUCUCUCUCUGUGUAACAUUGCUCACUGUGGGAAUCGGGUUCUCUCUUUCUGUGUGUAACAUUGCUUAGUGUGGGAAUCGGGUUCUCUCUCUGUGUAACAUUGCUCAGUGUGGGAAUCGGGUUCUCUCUCUGUGUAACAUUGCUCAGUGUGGGAAUCGGGUUCUCUCUCUCUGUGUGUAACAUUGCUCAGUGUGGGAAUCGGGUUCUCUCUCUGUGUAACAUUGCUCAGUGUGGGAAUCGGGUUCUCUCUCUUUCUGUUUAACAUUGCUCAGUAUGGGAAUCGGGUUCUCUCUCUGUGUAACAUUGCUCAGUGUGGGAAUCGGGUUCUCUCUCUUUCUGUUUAACAUUGCUCAGUGUGGGAAUCGGGUUCUCUCUCUGUGUAACAUUGCUCAGUGUGGGAAUCGGGUUCUCUCUCUCUGUGUAACAUUGCUCAGUGUGGGAAUCGGGUUCUCUCUCUUUCUGUUUAACAUUGCUCAGUGUGGGAAUCGGGUUCUCUCUCUGUGUAACAUUGCUCAGUGUGGGAAUCGGGUUCUCUCUUUCUGUUUAACAUUGCUCAGUAUGAGAAUCGGGUUCUCUCUCUCUCUGUAACAUUGCUCAGUGGGGGAAUCGGGUUCUCUCUCUCUCUGUGUGUAACAUUGCUCAGUGUAGGAAUCGGGUUCUCUCUCUCUGUAACAUUGCUCAGUGUGGGAAUCGGGUUCUCUCUCUGUGUAACAUUGCUCAGUGUGGGAAUCGGGUUCUCUCUCUCUGUGUAACAUUGCUCAGUGUGGGAAUCGGGUUCUCUUUCUCUCUCUGUGUAACAUUGCUCAGUGUGGGAAUCGGGUUCUCUCUCUCUCUCUCUGUGUAACAUUGCUCAGUGUGGGAAUCGGGUUCUCUCUCUCUCUGUGUAACAUUGCUCAGUGUGGGAAUCGGGUUCUCUCUCUCUCUGUGUAACAUUGCUCAGUGUGGGAAUCGGGUUCUCUCUCUCUCUGUGUAACAUUGCUCAGUGUGGGAAUCGGUUCUCUGUGUGUAACAUUGCUCAGUGUGGGAAUCGGGUUCUCUCUCUGUGUAACAUUGCUCAGUGUGGAAUCGGGUUCUCUCUCUGUGUAACAUUGCUCAGUGUGGGAAUCGGUUCUCUCUCUCUGUAACAUUGCUCAGUGUGGGAAUCGGGUUCUCUCUCUCUCUGUGUAACAAUGCUCAGUGUGGGAAUCGGGUUCUCUCUCUCUCUCUGUGUAACAUUGCUCAGUGUGGGAAUCGGGUUCUCUCUCUGUGUAACAUUGCUCAGUAUGGGAAUCGGGUUCUCUCUCUGUGUGUAACAUUGCUCAGUGUGGGAAUCGGGUUCUCUCUCUCUGUGUAACAUUGCUCAGUGUGGGAAUCGGGUUCUCUCUCUCUCUGUGUGUAACAUUGCUCAGUGUGGGAAUCGGGUUCUCUCUCUCUCUGUGUAACAUUGCUCAGUAUGGGAAUCGGGUUCUCUCUCUCUCUGUGUAACAUUGCUCAGUGUAGGAAUCGGGUUAUCUCUCUGUGUACAUUGCUCAGUGUGGGAAUCGGGUUCUCUCUCUCUCUGUGUAACAAUGCUCAGUGUGGGAAUCGGGUUCUCUCUCUCUCUCUGUGUAACAUUGCUCAGUGUGGGAAUCGGGUUCUCUCUCUGUGUAACAUUGCUCAGUAUGGGAAUCGGGUUCUCUCUCUGUGUGUAACAUUGCUCAGUGUGGGAAUCGGGUUCUCUCUCUCUGUGUAACAUUGCUCAGUGUGGGAAUCGGGUUCUCUCUCUUUCAUUGCUCUUAAUGAGAAUCAAUUCUCUCUGUGUAACAUUGCUCAGUGUGGGAAUCGGGUUCUCUCUCUCUCUGUGUAACAUUGCUCAGUGUGGGAAUCGGGUUCUCUCUCUCUCUCUGUGUAACAUUGCUCAGUGUGGGAAUCGGGUUCUCUCUCUUCUGUGUUAACAUUGCUCAGUGUGGGAAUCGGGUUCUCUCUCUCUCUGUGUAACAUUGCUCAGUGUGGGAAUCGGGUUCUCUCUCUGUGUAACAUUGCUCAGUAUGGGAAUCGGGUUCUCUCUCUGUGUGUAACAUUGCUCAGUGUGGGAAUCGGGUUCUCUCUCUCUGUGUAACAUUGCUCAGUGUGGGAAUCGGGUUCUCUCUCUCUCUGUGUAACAUUGCUCAGUGUGGGAAUCGGGUUCUCUCUCUGUGUAACAUUGCUCAGUGUGGGAAUCGGGUUCUCUCUCUCUGUGUAACAUUGCUCAGUGUGGGAAUCGGGUUCUCUCUCUGUGUGUAACAUUGCUCAGUGUGGGAAUCGGGUUCUCUCUCUGUGUAACAUUGCUCAGUGUGGGAAUCGGGUUCUCUCUCUGUGUAACAUUGCUCAGUGUGGGAAUCGGGUUCUCUCUCUCUGUGUGUAACAUUGCUCAGUGUGGGAAUCGGGUUCUCUCUCUCUCUGUGUAACAUUGCUCAGUGUGGGAAUCGGGUUCUCUCUCUCUCUGUGUAACAUUGCUCAGUGUGGGAAUCGGCUCCUCUUACUCUGUAAUAUUGCAUCUUAUAGCAUUUAGAUGCUUUUACUUGGUAAUGUUGCACUAUGUAGUUAUGUUUUUAUAUAUGUAUAAUGCAGUCUAAUAUCACGCUGAGCAAGAAACUACUAUUCAUCUUACUUUGCAUCAACACCAUGUGAGAAUAGAUUUUAUUAAAAAUACAAGAAAAAUGUUAACUACUUGUAGCGUUUUAAUUGUUUGUACUGCAUAAAGAUGUAUGUCUUUUAGCUGAUGAUACUAAGAUAUGUAACAGGGUUGAUGUUCCAGGAGGGAUAAGCCAAAUGACAAAUGAUUUAGGUAAACUAGAAAAAUGGUCAGAAUUGUGGCAACUGACAUUUAAUGUGGAUAAGUGCAAGAUAAUGCAUCUUGGACGUAAAAACCCAAGGGCAGAGUACAGAAUAUUUGAUAGAGUUCUAACCUCAACAUAUGAGGAAAGGGAUUUAGGGGUGAUUAUUUCUGAUGACUUAAAGGUAGGCAGACAAUGUAAUAGAGCAGCAGGAAAUGCUAGCAGAAUGCUUGGUUGUAUAGGGAGAGGUAUUAGCAGUAGAAAGAGGGAAGUGCUCAUGCCAUUGUACAGAACACUGGUGAGACCUCACUUGGAGUAUUGUACACAGUACUGGAGACCGUAUCUUCAGAAGGAUAUUGAUACCUUAGAGAGGGUUCAGAGAAGGGCUACUAAACUGGUUCAUGGAUUGCGGGAUAAAACUUACCAGGAAAGGUUAAAGGAUCUUAACAUGUAUAGCUUGGAGGAAAGACGAGACAGGGGGGAUAUGAUAGAAACAUUUAAAUAUAUAAAGGGAAUCAACACAGUAAAGGAGGAGACUAUAUUUAAAAGAAGAAAAACUACCACAACAAGAGGACAUAGUCUUAAAUUAGAGGGACAAAGGUUUAAAAAUAAUAUCAGGAAGUAUUACUUUACUGAGAGGGUAGUGGAUGCAUGGAAUAGCCUUCCAGCUGAAGUGGUAGAGGUUAACACAGUAAAGGAGUUUAAGCAUGCGUGGGAUAGGCAUAAGGCUAUCCUAACUAUAAGAUAAGACUAGGGACUAAUGAAAGUAUUUAGAAAAUUGGGCAGACUAGAUGGGCCGAAUGGUUCUUAUCUGCCGUCACAUUCUAUGUUUCUAUGUUUCCAACAGCAGCUGCUUGUCUGUAAUGGAGACACUGCAGAGCAGGGUAUGUAACCCCAUUCAUAGUCCAGUGGGGCCACUAUGACCCCUUCAAGGCAUUUACAAUGUGAUCUGAGAAUAUCUGUGAUUUUUACCGAGAACUACUGCCCAUGAUUAUAAUGGAAGGAAAUAUUAAAUUUGUGUCAGAGGUUUUUGAAAAUAACAAUGUGGACCCCUGGUUAAUCACCACGUUUCAGAGACCGACAUGUAUAAACCUGCCACUUAAUACGGAGAGCAGAAGGAAAUAUGUUUUAAGGGCACAUGAUGCCAAUCUAGUAAGACAAUGACAUUGGGAUCACCUGUGACUGUACUAAUCUCUGGGAUUCUGGAGAAUGGCGAGGAUUGCAGUAAGCAUUGAAAGUGUUAAUAAAUCUGAGCCACAUGUUGCCAGCAGAUCUAUGCCCGAACUGCGGGAUUGCAGUGCUUGUUUCCAUAGUAACUGGGAAGGCCAGGACUCCGCUGCAGAGCAAUCUAGUGUUUGGGACUGUGCCUUUUGCAUGCUAAUGUGCUGCUAUUCUUCAGUCUUUGCAAACUGGGAGAUCCCAAUAUCCCUUCCUCCUAGGGGCUGGCUGAUUGUUAGGGAGAUGUGAAAGGAAGGCUAUUUUCCUGCCACUGGGUUAAAUAAUGCAAUGUCUAAUGAUAUUGCAGGCUCUGGAACAAAAUGGUUAAAUCUUUCUGCCACAGAACCUUCCAGUAGGGAGGAAUUUUAUGUUAUUGGCUCACUGACCAGCUGCAGCGUGCUAAAGGUUAAUAAUGGCUUGCUGCUCAGCGUGAUUGACAUUCCAACAGGAGGAGAGUUAAUGAGGGGCCAAAUCCCUGUUCUUUGCAGGAUAAGAAGGUGGUGUAUAUUAAAAAUGUGGGGCCCCCAGCACAUGACAUUAAAUAAAGCGGAGGUACUGGGCUAGGCUGAAAAUGAAGGCCUUGUGUUGUGUGUGUAUAUGACAGUACUGUUUAACAUGAAGCAGUAAGUGCCUAGCAUGCAUUUUAUCUCUACCCAUUUGCAAGCUUUAUUGCAUCAGACGUGGUGUUGUGGAGCAAUGUGUGCGUGCUCUACCUGGGGACUGCUAUGACUUAACCAGCCUUAAAAAUGCAGACUAUACACCAACAAUAUGUCACGGGCAAGGGAACCAGCACUGUCUUUUUAACCCUGAAUGAAAAAUGAAUGCUAGUCCUAUGUAUUACUGUUGGUCCUGACUGAAUUAAUACAAAUUGUAUAUUUGACCAGAUCUGGAUUUUUUUUUUUUUUUUUGAAGGUCAGUAUAUUGUACAACAUUUUCGUCAUAUAAGUUUGACAGGUAUAAGAAAGUACAUGGUACAAGACAUUGGUGUUACAUUAGUUAAGUAAUCAACAGUACGGAUUCAUACAUGAGGGUGUAUCUUUGCGUUGAACAUGUAGAGAUAAUAGUAUUGGAGUUCUGUUACAUUUUCCUACAUCCCUACGUUUUUAUGAGCUGGCUCAUAUUCCCAUAGUGAUAAUCUUUAUUUUUUCCCAGGUGGGGGGGGGGGGUGUCUCCAAGUGGUCUGUCGGAGGUAUUGGGUCCAUGGGUACCAGAUCUCUGUGUAUUGUUGGUAUUGAUUUGAAAGGGCAUAACAUGUUUCUUCUAGACUUCUGGUAUUUUCUACUUUUUGUAGCCAUUCGCGAAUGGUCGGGGGGGUUUGGUUGUUUCCAUAAGGCUGGGAUAAGCUGGUUCGCAGCUGUUAUAAGGUGUAGGAGCAGGGCAGCCGUAUGUUUCGGUAAGCCGUGUGGGGUUAGAAGGAAUAUGUAUGUAUCUGGGUCUAGGGGAACGGUUAUCUUAAGUAUGGUGUGGAUCAGGCCCGCUAUGCGUGUCCAGAAUUUUUGUAUCACUGGGCAUGUCCACCAAAUAUGCGAGGUGGUGCCCACGGCUGAUUGGCAGCGCCAACAUUGUUUGGAGGUUGCAGGGAAUAGGGAGUGUAGUUUCGAGGGGGUGUAGUGCCACCUCACUAUUCUUUUAUAGUUGCUUUCCUGCGUUGUUGUGUUUUUUGAGGAUUUAUGGAUUUGUUUAAAGAUUUUUUUCCAUUUGUCAGGCUGUAUUGCUAAGUUUAACUCAUUUUCCCAAGUGGUGGUGAAGGCCGGCAAUUGUUGUGGUCUCGUGGAGAGGACCUGGGAGUACAUUGUUUUUGUUUUUAUGGAUUGGAGGGAACAGCAUUUUUCGAAAUUAGUCUGUUCUCGGCUGGCAUUGUGUGUUAGGGGUUUUGAUUGAAUAAAGUGUGUUAGUUGCCUAUAUUGGUAUUUUUGCAUAGCCGUGGGAUUGGCUAUGAAUGCCUGUAUAGGUUUUAUUGCUCUCGACCCAACGGUUGUCAUGGUAUCCCCUAAUGUAAGAUAUGGCGUCUUAUGGAAGGACUGGAAAGAUUUGCCAUCUACUCCUGGCUGGAAUAAGGGGUUGUGUGUGAGCGGGUAUAGUGGCGAUGGGUAAGGUGACAUUAGUUCGUGCAUGCGUAGGGUUGCCCACAUGCGGAGAGUCGGUGUAAUUGUGGGUUGUGGAGCAUUAGUACCUGUCCUGAUUUGUGCCAGGGUAUCGUGUAGAUAGGUACUCUGAAAAAGGUGUCCUCUAAGUUCACCCAUUGUUUCCUGGAUUGUGGAAGUGUCCAGUCAUAUAUUCUGGUUAGCAGUAUUGCGUUAUGGUAUGUUUCAACAUCUGGCAGACCCAGGCCGCCUCUGUCCUUUGGUUUUGUGAGUAAUGAGUAUGAUAUUCGUGGAGGUUUGUUAGCCUAAAUACAUGUGGUGAGUGUUUUACGAACCGUAGUGAACCAGGACUUAGGAAUAGUUAUAGGGAGCACUUGUAGCAUGUAUAGUAUCCUGGGUAGGAUGUUCAUCUUGAGGAUGUUCAUCCUACAAAACCACCCAAAGUGUGGCUUGUUCCAUGUGGUGAGGUCAUGUGUUACGGCCUUUGUUAAGUCAGGAAAGUUGCUCUCGAAUAGUUGGGAGAGGUUCCUGGUGAUGUGGAUUCCCAAAUAUUUGAUACUGUGUGUUGCCCAUGUAAAUUGAUGAUCUCUGCACAGAACAUCCUUCUCUUGUGAUUUAAUAUGUAUCGGGAGGAUCUCGCAUUUGCUAAUGUUCGCUUUACAAUUGGAGAGUGUACUAUAGGUAGCCAUUUCUGACAUCAGGUGGGGUAUUGAGGCCACUGGGUCUGCCAAUGUGAAAAGCACAUCAUCGGCGAACGCCGCUAUUUUGUGUUCCUCCGUCCCCGCCCGGAUGCCCCUGAUGUUAGUGUUGAGAUCUGGACUUUUUGUAACCUGCUAAUAUAGCUGCCGUUAUAAUACACUGUGUAUGGAGACAUGGGACCUCCUUACACCAUAACCUUAUAGCUGCAGUUAUAAUACACUAUGUGCAGGGAGACAGGAGACCUCCUUACACCAUAACCUUAUAGCUACAGUUAUAAUACACUGUGUGUGGGGAUACAGGGGGCCUCCUUACACCAUAACCUUAUAGCUGCAGUUAGAAUACACUGUGUGGGGAGACAGGGGACCUCCUUACACCAUAGCCUUAUAGCUACAGUUAUAAUACACUGUGUGUGGGGAUACAGGGGGCCUCCUUACACCAUAACCUUAUAGCUGCAGUUAGAAUACACUGUGUGGGGAGACAGGGGACCUCCUUACACCAUAGCCUUAUAGCUACAGUUAUAAUACACUGUGUGUGGGGAUACAGGGGGCCUCCUUACACCAUAACCUUAUAGCUGCAGUUAGAAUACACUGUGUGGGGAGACAGGGGACCUCCUUACACCAUAGCCUUAUAGCUACAGUUAUAAUACACUGUGUGUGGGGAUACAGGGGGCCUCCUUACACCAUAACCUUAUAGCUGCAGUUAGAAUACACUGUGUGGGGAGACAGUGGACCUCCUUACACCAUAACCUUAUAGCUGCAGUUAUAAUACACUGUGAGCAGGGAGACAGGGGACCUCCUUACACCAUAACCUUAUAGCUGCAGUUAUAAUACACUGUGAGCAGGGAGACAGGGGACUUCCUUACACCAUAACCUUAUAGCUGCAGUUAUAAUACACUGUGUGUGUGGGAGACAGGGGACCUCCUUACACCAUAACAUCAUAGCUGCAGUUAUAAUACACUGUGUGCAAAGACCUCCUUACACCAUAACCUUUAAGCUGCAGUUAUAAUACACUGUGUGGGGAGACAGGAACUCCUUACACCAUAACCUUAUAGCUGCAGUUAGAAUAGACUGUGUGCAUAUCCCUCCUGUCUCGUCUUUCCUCCAUGUUAAGAUCCUUUAACCUUUCCUUGUACGUUUUAUCCUGCAAUCCAUGAACCAGUUUAGUAGCCCUUCUCUAAAAUCUCUCUAAAGUAUCAAUAUCCUUCUGAAGAUACGGUCUCCAGUACUGUGUACAAUACUCCAAGUGAGGUCUCACCAGUGUUCUGUACAAUGGCAUGAGCACUUCACUCUUUCUACUGCGAAUACCUCUCCCUAUACAACCAAGCAUUCUGCUAGCAUUUCCUGCUGCUCUAUUACAUUGUCUGCCUACCUUUAAGUCAUCAGAAAUAAUCAUCCCUAAAUCCCUUUCCUCAGAUGUUGAGGUUGGGACUCUAUCAAAUCUGUACUCUGCCCUUGGGUUUUUAUUAUCUUGCACUUAUCCACAUUAAAUGUCAGUUGCCACAAUUCUGACCAUUUUUCUAGUUUACCUAAAUCAUUUGCCAUUUGGCUUAUCCCUCCUGGAACAUUAACCCUGUUACAUAUCUUAGUAUCAUCAGCAAAAGACAUACAAUACCAUCAAGACCUUCUGCAAUAUCACUAAUAAUUUUUUUUAAAGAGAAUGGGUCCAAGUACAGAUCCCUGAGGUACCCCACUGGUGACAAGCCCAAGCUUCGAAUAUACUCCAUUAACUACAACUCUUUGUUGCCGGUCACUCGGCCACUGCCUAACCCAUUCAACAAUAUUGGAAUCCAAACUUAAAGAUUGCAGUUUAUUAAUAAGCCUUCUAUGUGCAACAGUGUCAAAAGCCUUACUGAAAUCUAGGUAAGCAAUGUCUACUGCACCACCCUGAUCUAUAAUUUCACUGUGUGCGGGGAGACAGGGGACCUCCUUACACCAUAACCUUAUAGCUGCAGUUAUAUACUGUGUGCAGGGAGACCAGGACUGUUCUUUAUAUGCUGUACAAUGAGCAUUGGUAUUUUUGGUGCUCCUCUCUAAAUAUAUGGCCUUUGCUGCUCCCUGCCAACCUGUAGUGACUCUCUGCUGCUUCUCCUCACGUAGGUCAUACUGAAGGAUCUAGAAGUUUUAGCUGAAAUUGCCUCUUCUCCAGCUGGACAGACAGACUCUUCCAGUGACAGCCCUGGCCUUCUCUCUGGACCAUCAGAACUCCAUGUUCCAGCUCCAAGCAGAGGCAGCCAAGGUGAGCCACUCGCUCUGUGAUAUCAUUGAUUCCAUACAAGUUCUUUAGAUGUCUCCAGUGGUCUAAUUUUAUGGGUCCUGCAGCUUUAAAGCAUAAUUUCUUACAGAGCACAAUGACCGGUCUCCCUGCUGGGCAGUGCACUCCAAGGUUAUUUUCCAUGUGUGUUAGAGCUGCUGGUUGUUCCUGAAUACAGGGUGUGUAGUCUGACCUGCAUUAUUAUGUUUACACAGCACCAAUCAAGGUUGCAGCAUGGGGUACUCUGAAUAGAAGGAGAGAGAAAGAACAAAGCUUACUGUAAUAAUAUAUUGAUUUCGGUUCUAGCAUUAUGAAGGUAUGCAGAGCACACAGAGCUCCCCCAGUUAGUGACAUCAGGACACCGCAAUCCGACACUUUAUUC